AUGCCUGGAAUAUUAUGGCUGUACGAGGCCACGGAUCCCAGGAGCUCGCGACAGCAAGCUUUCUGGGAACUGCUGUAUUGGGCCGGAAGGAACGCAACAACCACGAGCCCUCAAGACGUAGCGUCCAAGACGCUUACCAAAUACUUGUUCGGGAUACAGGCCUGGCACCUCUACCACUCCACCGUAUACCCCCCAGAAGCCAAGGCCAAGAUCACAGUCUUGUUACGCUCUUCCGCCCACGCCGACGCACAAUCUCCUAAGCGACCCCGGAAAGCGCCGGUGAUGCUCAAACAUCUGGUCUCAUUGACCGAGACACUCCUCCCUGGUGGUCCAUACCAGAAAGCAGUUUUAGACUUAGCCAUAACCGCCUUCUGGGGGAUGGCUAGGCUGUCUGAGCUAACCUCCAAACGCGAAGAAGGGACCUUGAGAUGGUCCGCUACCUUGUUUACGUCAGACGUCAAGCUCUACCAAACACCACUAGGAAUAGCGGCCGCCCUAGAAAUCCGUGGAGCAAAAACCUGUGCGCCAGGCGACAGUCAGACGAUCCACCUCCAGGGCUUGAACCACAUGCUCUGCCCCGUAGCAGCGGUGAAAAGAAGGAUCGCUGAAGCUGGGCCCAACGACGUCCCGCUUUUUGGCUUCAACACUCCCACCGGCCGGGUCAACUUAGUUAAGGCUAAAGUAGUCAGGACGCUAGGACAAGUUUGGAGCGAGCACGGAUAUCAGGGAAUCACUGGCCACUCUUUGAGGGUCGGCGGUACUUCGCUACGAUUCGCCAUCGGCGUUCCGGUAGAAGAGAUCUGCGCACUAGGGAGGUGGACCUCCAACUGCUACAAACUCUACCUCAGAGACUACUCCGACCAUGACUUAGAAGAUUCCUUGUCGCUGAUCAAGAGUCUAGAAAAGGCUUGGGUGCAAUAG